UUAUCUUCUUAGAGUCAUCGUAAUUUAUUCUGAGAAUUAAUUCUUCUUCUUCAAUACAUGCUAGAUGGAGUAAUCUCCUCCAUCUCCACACUUGUUCUGAUGUGCCACUUGUUGAGAUAGUAAGAACGCACACAAGUGUGUUCACCCACUAACUGAUAAGAGUAAUUGGCGAAGCUCUGUGAGACAAUAAAGAUUAAAAUAAAUUGUCUUGAGCAAUGUCAUAUAAUAUAAAACAAAAAUAAUGCUCUUUCCUCCUAGUAUAUAUGCGACAAAAUCAGCACCGGCUAUGUGGAAUUCUGGAAUAUUACUGAUAUGGUGUGAAGUGUAGUGAGUUGAAGAGAAAUGUAAUCAGUCAGACUAAUAAGCUCCACCUUAACAAAGAGAUACUUGAUUUCAAAGGUGAAGAAGGCAUGACGAAAAACCUAAGGUGGAAUGACUAUCUACUAAAGGGUAGCGCACUUUAAGUGGACAAGGAACAUACACAAAAAGCCCCAUUCCCAAGAGUUUGUAUUUUUGAUAUCAGCAAUAAGUCUUGAAGUUAUUUUCCUCCUUUUAUCAAUGUAUAUAUGGGGCUCCGUUUUAUCAGUGUUCUCCUUUUGUGUCUUGUUAACCAUUUUUUGAUUAAUAGGUUUUUGUCUUUGUAUAUGUGUUCUCCUAUUAGCGCAUACAUUGCCUCGUGUUUCUGAUGCUAUGUAACUGAACCUUGUAACCCAAUAUAUACAAUCAAAUGACAAAAAUACAGGGUUUAGGUUUUCUUUUAGUGAUUUACUUUUGGUUUCAAUUGAUUUCUAGUCAAAAAACCAUAACAGAUUCUAUAGAUUUAUUCAGUAUUUACCAAAUUAUAUCACUCAAUAAAGCUCUAUUCGUCGAGCUAUAUAUUAUUGGUAAUUCAUAGGGCAACGAUAAAAGCUCUUUUUUAGCAGUAAAGCAUACUCUAGUAUCCCUAAUAAUUUUGUAUAUGUCCCUGAUUUGAUCAUUUACAUAUUGCAAUAACAUUCUUAAGAUUUGUAUAAUAUGUCGGAAUGUUGAUUCUGAUUCUGAUGUACUGCUUAUGUAUGGAACAUUGAAGCAGAUGCUCUUCUCCUACAAUACUCUCUAUUUAGCUGACAUCUUUUAGAAUCUCAGUUAAAUAUAUUUGAAUUCGAAUGUAUGAAGAAAAAGAGAGUGAAGAAAGUGAGGACGAGGAGGAAUGGUUGGGAACGAAUGUUAACCAUCUAAUAAGGAAUCUGCAUGGUUGGAUGGAACUACUGCCUUUGACCGUAGAAGAACCACAGAGACUGCAUAAAGUAAAAGGUUUGUUUGCUAAUUGUUUACUUAUUUUAAAUGUAAAAGUGUUUAUUUAAUCAGUCAAUUGGUCUUUGAUUAAGUGAGUGAGACCAAAAACGAAAGGUGGGAAUAAUAAUCAAGAUGCAAAUGGGUUUUGAUAGUCAAUCCUUUUCAUACGCUUUUUGUUUCAACCAUACGUUUUCUGUUUCUCUUUUGAUAGGUUAUUUGUUAUAUUUUACUUUUCUCAAAGUUAAUAAAUACAUUAAGUAAUGAAUUGAUACAACAUAUAAGCUUAUAAUUUGUAAACUGAACUCUGCUUUACCACAAAAUGAAGAUGAUUUACUCUGUUGGUUUAUUCCACUAAUUAGAUGGAAAUAUUCAUUGAAACGUUGAUGUUAAAUGAUACUAAGUAUAGCAAUUGUUAAAAAUAAGAACUUUCACAAGAAACAUGUUAAUUUUUUUUUUCUUUACAUGUUAAUUUUCAGCAUAUUUAGCAAUGGUGACAUGGUCCAUAUAUGUGGCCUCGAUCAGUACAUGUGGCAUACUAUUCCCUGACUAUACCAUGCCAAUGAUAUUCAAAUUUGCAUUUACUACGAGUCUGUCUUUGAAUGGCAAAGGACGACGAAGUAAAAUCGUGAUUUUAGCUCAAUUUUACUAAUUGAAUGUUACUGAUUUGAUAAUGUUUUAGGAUAGGAAAGCUUAAAUUAAUUAUCUCACAAUCAAUUGAAGAUUGUUAUGGAUACAAUAAUAUUGUGUAGAUAAUUAGAUUAACACGAAAAGUAGCCAAGUGGAACAACAAAAAGCAUGAUGGUGAAUCUUACCUAUACGGUUUACACACGGGACAGUCGCGUCUAGUUAAGAUGAAACGCACUAUUCUUUGUUUUAUACAUUUAGUGUUUGCUUUCUUCUCGAGUUGUUUCUAUACAUUAUCACAGGGAACACAUAACAUUAUCAUUUGUUGUUAUGAAAGCUAAUUAAACAAAAUUAGUUACGGACCUAAUUUUGGCGGCCAAAUCAUGAAGUUCAAGAGUGCUGAAAGACAACAUAAAAUAUGGCACACGUGGCAUACACCUAAACGUUCAUUUUUACUGGUACGAGGAACAAAAGGAGCGAACAUGGGAUGUAUGAUUGUAUCUCAAUGGAACGUCAAUAGUAAUAACUUGCAAUCAUAUCUUUUUUUCCCUGGCGUGGAUUAAUAUCUCGUAUGUUUUUUUUUUUUUGUAACUGGAUAUCUCGUAUGUUUUAUUGAACAAAUAAUAAUAAGGGUCCAUGCCAACAUCUACCGUAGAUAGUUGAUUGUCAUGUCGUUAGUAGUUCGUUGAUGGCAAAUCCACCUUUUCAAAAUAGUUAGAACCAUCGUAUCAUUAUGUGAUGAGGAUUAGAACUGUUAUCAUUUUUAUCACGAGCUUAUGCAGUUUUGUGGCUAGCACAAGUGCACAACAACACAAACAUAUAUAUUAGUGGAAUAUGGAAAUCUUAAAUAUUCUAUUAAUCAUUUUUGAAAUUUUGAAAUUCGCUAGCUAAAUACUACUAUAUUUAGAGGAUUCACUAAAAGAUAUAUUCUUCUCCAAAUGUAUCGUUGUGCUCACUCUUGGAAUCGGUAAGGCUAAAAUUCUUGCAUGACGCCAGUUAAUUGGAGUGUUUAUGUUUUAUAUAUUUUAGUAACUUUUUACCAUACAGACUUUGGAAUGGUAAUUCACAUUUCAUAAGACAUAUACGUUAUAGCUAUCUAUGUGUACGUAAAACAAAGAUCCAAACUAGUUAGCUAGUUUAAGUCUUGGUAGAAUACUGGAAAAUUGGAUGAUUGUAUAAAUAUCUUUAGUCGAUAUUUAAUUGAAUGGUUGGCUAGAAAGCUAACAGCCGAUCGAUGGUUUAUUUUAUUGGUCAUGCCAGAAGGACAAAUCACCAAUAAGUUAAGCACAAUUAUUUAUAUCUUAUUUGGUUUAAAGGGAAAAAGAAAGCUCACAUAAAUAACUACGAUAAUAAUAUAAAACCAAGGUUUGGCAUAAAAGUUUGACACAAAUAUAAUACACGCCAAGAGUGCAUACCACAUAAAAUUAUGGAAUAAUUUCCAUUUUUAAAAAACUUUAGAAAUAUCUGAGACCAUCAAUAUGCAAUGUUCUUCUCUCUCUUAUACCAUGAAAACGACGACGUCCUCAACAUAUAACCAUUGCACCCUUACACAUGUAACACUCUCUCUAUAUAUAGUACCAUUGGCCUCGUAGUUAAAUUCAUAUCGAAGAAAACUCAGAUAGAGCUAACGAGAGUUGAACAUCUUCUCUUGUUUCCUUCUUCGAUAAUCACAUCGAAAAGUAGAAAGAUACUCAAGAGUUCAUUUACAAAACAAUCAAAAUGGCUCUAAACGUAUUGGCGUUUACAUUUGGAAUCAUGGGCAACAUCAUAUCGUUCAUCGUUUUCUUGGCACCAGUUCCAACUUUCGUUAGGAUCUGCAAGAAAAAAUCGAUAGAAGGUUUUCAGUCACUUCCCUAUGUGUCAGCGCUCUUUAGCGCGACGCUAUGGAUUUAUUACGCUAUGCAGAAAGAUGGAUCAGGCUUACUUCUGAUAACCAUAAACGCCGUGGGAUGCUUCAUCGAAACCAUUUACAUCGUCCUCUUCAUCACCUACGCUAACAAGAAAGCUAGAAUAUCAACUUUGAAGGUUCUUGGGCUCUUGAACUUCUUGGGUUUUGCCGCUAUUAUCCUUGUCUGUGAGCUCUUGACCAAAGCAUCUAACCGUGAGAAGGUCCUCGGAGGGAUUUGCGUCGGAUUUUCCGUUUGUGUCUUCGCAGCUCCUUUGAGCAUCAUGAGAGUGGUGAUACGAACAAGAAGUGUGGAGUUUAUGCCCUUUUCUCUAUCAUUGUUUCUUACACUCAGCGCCAUUACGUGGCUCUUCUACGGUCUUGCUAUCAAAGACUUCUACGUUGCACUUCCAAACAUUAUGGGUGCGUUUCUCGGAGCAGUUCAAAUGAUUCUCUACGUCAUAUACAAGUACUACAAAGCUCCAAAAACUGAUGACACGGAGAAACCCAAAACGGUGCCGGAUCAUUCAAUCGAUAUGGUCAAGCUUGCAUCAACUCCAGUUUCCAGUGAGUUGACGGUUCAUCCUCAAACUCAUGGUGGUGGUGAUUUGGAGGGUCAGAUGGAAAAGAAAGUGGCAAACCAAAUCCAAACCUAAGUAGUUUUUAUAUUAGUGAUUUUAUCAAUGUUGUACUGUUGAGUCAUGUUUCACUAGAUUGUACUUUCUCGCUUUGCCUUGUCUUUUCUCCCAUCAUAUUAUUUCGAAAUAUUUCGAAGUUGUGUUAUCCUUCAAAAAGUAUGUACGCAUGUUUUACCUUUUGUAAAAUAGUUCUGAUUUCUCUACUCAUAAAUACUUGAAUCCUCUCCUAGUUUGGCUAAU